AUGGAAGGGAAAAAAGCCAUUGUGAAGAGUACAGAUAUGCAUGAAGAAAUGCAACAGUAUGCAGUAGAUCUGGCGGCUCAAGUUAUGGAUAAAUAUGUUAUUGAAAAAGACUUCGCAACUUAUGUCAAGAAGGAAUUCGAUAAGAAAUAUGGUCCAACUUGGCAGUGUAUUGUUGGCAAGAAUUUUGGAAGUUAUGUUACACAUGAAACAAACUACUUUAUCUACUUCUACCUACAUAAUGUUGCUUUUCUACUGUUCAAGUCUGGAUAA